GGCAGAGGAUCAGUUACCGGAUCGACAGUUUAGGAAAAUAAUAGGAAAAGGAAGAGAAAGAAAGGCAGAGAAAGUAGUAUAUGGGGGGUGGGAAUGCGUUUGUGGAUGGCGUUCGUCGAUUGUUCCAUCGUCGUCCAUCUGCUUCUUCUAGCGCAAAUGCGGGUUCCGCUCUGACCCAUUUUAAAAGGGCCGUUUUUCAUCCUUUCUCCGAUUAUCGUUCCCAAACUCCUGCUGGGGAAGGAGGAGAACAGCUUAGAGUAGAAGAGGACUUUGAUAUUUCUGGUUUGAGUUUGAUCAAGGUCCCCAAGCGGGUGGAUUUUCCACUUUCCUCCAUGGAUCAUCGCCGGAAGAAUAAUCUAGAGAAUGAAUUCUUUACGGAAUAUGGAGAGGCAAGUAGGUAUCAAGUUCAAGAAAUCAUUGGAAAAGGUAGUUAUGGAAUUGUGGGGUCGGCAGUUGAUACUCACACUGGAGAACGGGUUGCCAUCAAGAAGAUCAAUGAUGUGUUUGAACAUGUCUCUGAUGCCACCAGAAUUUUGAGAGAAAUCAAGCUUCUCCGGCUACUACGACACCCGGAUAUUGUAGAGAUAAAACAUAUCAUGCUACCUCCUUCGCGGAGAGAAUUUAGAGAUAUUUUUGUUGUCUUUGAAUUGAUGGAGUCCGACCUUCAUCAGGUAAUAAAGGCCAAUGAUGAUCUCACUGCAGAACAUUAUCAGUUUUUUCUGUAUCAGCUUCUUCGUGGACUGAAGUAUAUUCACGCAGCUAAUGUUUUCCAUCGAGACCUAAAGCCAAAAAAUAUCCUUGCCAAUGCUGACUGCAAGUUAAAGAUUUGUGAUUUUGGACUUGCUCGUGUAUCAUUUAAUGAGGCACCAUCAGCUAUUUUUUGGACUGACUAUGUGGCAACACGAUGGUAUCGUGCCCCUGAACUAUGCGGCUCUUUUUUCUCUAAGUAUACUCCUGCCAUUGAUAUUUGGAGCAUCGGUUGCAUAUUCGCUGAGAUGCUUACCGGAAAACCUUUGUUUCCAGGAAAAAAUGUUGUGCAUCAAUUAGACCUUAUGACAGAUUUGCUUGGAACUCCUCCUCAUGAAACUGUUGCAAGGAUUAGAAAUGAAAAGGCAAGAAGAUACCUCAGUAAUAUGCGCAAGAAACAGCCAAUUCCAUUUGCACAAAAAUUUCCCCAUGCUGAUCCUUUAGCUGUGCGCCUUCUUGAACAGCUUCUUGCAUUUGACCCAAACGAUCGACCAAGUGCUGAAGAGGCACUGUCUGAUCCAUACUUUGAGGGUUUGGCUAAUGUGGAGCGUGAACCGUCUACUCAACCAAUAUCAAAGCUUGAAUUUGAGUUUGAGAGGAGGAAAGUUACAAAAGAUGAUGUCAGGGAGCUCAUUUAUCGGGAGAUUCUAGAAUAUCACCCACAAAUGCUUCAAGAGUAUCUCGAAGGUGGAGAGCAGACUAGUGGCUUUAUGUACCCAAGUGGUGUUGAUCGGUUCAAGCGUCAAUUUGCGCAUCUUGAGGAGCAUUAUGGUAAAGGUGAAAGAAGCACUCCACUUCAAAGGCAGCAUGUCUCCCUCCCAAGAGAGCGCGUGCCAGCACUAAAAGGUGCUCAAGAUAAUUAUAUCGAAAAGCCAACCCUUCAUAGUCCACCUGAUGAAUCGGAGAACACACAAAAUGGAUUAAACAUUAGCACUCGCGAUCUGCUAAAGAGCAAUAGUAUCAGUGCAUCAAAAUGCGUAGAAGUUAAAAGACGAGAUAUGGAGGAAGAGCCAAUUUCCGAGCAAGAACAGGACAUUAAUGACUUGUCUAAAGAAGUGGUGAAUCUCCAUGCCCAACUUCAUCACAGUUCCGAUUAGAAAUAAGCCUUAUAUGCUUCUGCCAUCUUCCCCCUGCAUCAUCAUCAUCAUCAUCAUCAUCAUCAUCGUCAUCAUCGUUAUCAUUAUGAUUACUAUUAAUACUACUACUAUUAUUAUAAUUGUUAUUAUUAUUAUUACUUUGAAUAUUAUUAUUAUUAUGAUUAUUAUUAUUUUUAUUAUUAUCAUCAUCUGCAGCAUUUGGUAGUAGUAUCAAGGAUUUGGUCAGUGGCUAACACUAGGCGGCGACAAAUGCUGCUGCUACUGAUUUCUAUGUAUGGUUGUCAUUCCUUUUUUUUGGUAAAGUUGUCAUUCUUUCUUUGUUAUAAAAACAAAAUUUUUGAUGUGUUGUAUUGAUCUGGUCACAUUGCUUACAUUUAAUUAUGUUUAUGCUACUGGUCAGUAAAAGAUUGUUAGGGUG